AUUUCGAAACUUUGGAGGAGUCCGAUCUAAAAUCGUCGGACAUUUAACACACUACUCCGUUGUUUCCGAAAACCCAAGUGUAUCUGAAACUUGAAGAGAGAAACCCGUCGGGCUGCUAGGGUUUUUCCUGUACGUUCAUCGUCGUCUCCGAUCUCUUCGUUACUUGGCAAAAAAUGUCUCGUGUGUACGUUGGGAAUUUGGACCCGAGGGUCUCUGAGCGCGAGCUGGAAGACGAAUUUCGUGUAUUUGGAGUUAUUCGAAGUGUAUGGGUUGCACGAAGACCCCCUGGUUAUGCCUUUAUAGAUUUUGAUGAUCCCAGAGAUGCACGGGAUGCAAUUCAUGAAUUAGAUGGGAAGAAUGGUUGGAGAGUUGAGCUUUCUCACAAUUCUAGAGGUGGUGGUGGAGGUGGCCGAGGAGGGGGUCGUGGUCGUUCUGGGGGUUCUGAUCUCAAAUGCUAUGAAUGUGGUGAGCCAGGACAUUUUGCUCGUGAAUGUCGUUCACGUGGCGGCGGCGGGGGUGGUGGCGGCGGCGGUGGUGCUGGAAGAAGACGUAGCCGCAGUCCACGGUACCGUCGGAGUCCAAGUUAUGGUCGCAGGAGUUACAGUCCCCGUGGAAGAUCUCCAAGACGCCGCAGCUUGUCACCUCGUGGGCGUAGCUAUAGCAGAUCACCUCCGUAUCGUGGUAGAGAGGAGGUUCCUUAUGCCAAUGGGAAUGGUGUAAAGGACCGCCGUCGGAGCAGGAGCUGAGGACUACAGACUUCUCAAUCUGCCUUAGUUAAACACAGGAUGUUUAGAGGAUUACUCCGAUUCUAUGUGUUUUUAGUGCUUGGACUUCGUAACGGACCUUUUUAAAAUCGGGCGACGCCCUCAGCCUCUACUUUUGAGUUUGGAUAAGUCCUUUCUAUCUUUAAUUUGAAUUGUUUUUUCCUUUAUCCCUUCAGUAUAGUUGUAGGAAUCUAUAUACUAAAAUAUUUUCUGUUCGUAUUUAUUUUGAUAAUUUUAUUGAGCGAAUGUCUUGAAGGGCACUGCUAAAGAUGUAUGUUUUUUUCCU